AUGGAAGAGGAAUAUGAGGAAAUGGAAUUAGAAAAUAAGAUAGAGAAUGUAUUAGUGAAUGUGGAGGAAAUGGGAUUAGAGAGAAGGGUAGAGAAGAAAGAGGGUGAGAACGUGUUAGUGAAUAUAGAAGAGGGAAUUCAAGAAGAGGGAAUUCAAGAAGAGGGAAUUCAAGAAGAGGGGAGUGAAAGUAGAGAUAGCUCGUUUAGUUAUGAUUCGAUGGGUUUUUAUGAAGGAACGAAGAGUCAGAUGAUGAUAUGA